ACCAUUCAAGUUUAGAUAUUGCAGAGGCGGGGAAGUCGGAAUUUGAGCAUUGUUCUUGAUUCCGUGUUUAAGGUUAAUAUUUUUAACCGGUGUUCGAUAUCUACUCUCAGUUGGCUUCAUUGAAAAUUAAGAGUUCAAUUAAGAUUGAAGACGAAAUAUACGAUGGGUGAUCAAGGAUUCCUAAAACAGAAGCCAGGUUUUUCUACUCUAGCAAUCCAUGCGGGCCAGAGUCCUGAUAAGUGGAGACAUGCUAGCGUAGUGACUCCCAUUGUAACAUCAACCACAUUCAAACAGCCAGCCCCAGCGGAACACACGGGCUAUGAAUAUGGUAGAUCUGGGAAUCCUACCAGGAACACUUUGGAGGAAUGCUUGGCGGCCUUGGACGGAGGCAAGCAUGGCUUCACGUUUGCCUCAGGUCUCGGUGCUACAACUACAAUAUUUUCGCUUCUGAAACAGGGCGAUGAAAUCAUUUGCUGCGACGACGUGUAUGGAGGAACAAAUAGACUGUUUAGGAGAGUAGCCGCGCCGUUUGGUAUAGAAAUACAUUUUAUAGAUUUCUCAGAUCUGGGUUUAUUAGAUAGAACAAUAAAUGGUAAAACAAAGUUAGUAUGGAUGGAAACACCAACAAAUCCUAUGCUGAAAGUGUUGGACAUAAAGGCUGUAUCCAAAAUAGUUAAAUCCCAUAGCGAUGAUAUAAUAUUGGUGGUUGAUAAUACUUUCCUGACGCCGUACCUCCAAAGACCCUUGGACUUCGGGGCGGAUAUCGUCAUGUAUUCCGUCACCAAAUACAUGAACGGUCACGCCGAUGUUAUCAUGGGAGCAGCCGUAGUCAAUAACGAUGAUCUUGCCAGCAAGUUACGAUUCCUACAAAACUCAAUGGGUAUCGUACCUUCGCCAAUGGAUUGCUACCUGGUAAUACGUAGUCUGAAAACACUGGCCCUGAGAAUGGAACAUCACAAGAAAUCGUCUCUCAAGAUAGCGGAGUGGCUUCUCAAACAUCCGAAGGUCGUUGAAGUUAUGCAUCCAGGUCUUCCCUCCCACCCUCAGCACGAGAUCGCCAGACGUCAGAGUACAGGUCACUCGGGCGUGUUCAGCUUCCGUCACUCCGGCGGGCUCCAGGAGUCCAGGAAGUUCUUCAGCGCCAUCCAGGUGUUCAUACUGGCGGAAAGUCUCGGCGGAUAUGAGAGCUUGGCGGAGCUGCCGUCUCUAAUGACUCACGCUUCCGUCCCAGCUGAACAAAGGGAACAGCUGGGAAUCUCCGACUCAUUGAUAAGGCUGUCCGUCGGUCUGGAGGAGACGGAUGACCUGAUACAAGACCUGGAACAGGCUCUGGAUGCAGCAUUCAAAUAACCAUAGCAAACAUCACUAUUAACUUAAGUAACACAAUUAUUAUCAAUUUAUUUAAUUUAAAGUUCCAAUGUAUUAUAUUUUUUGACACAAAAUAUCUCUUUAAUCAUUUACAUAUAUAUAUACAUAUUUUGUUUAAAUUUUUUACAUACAAAAUAACUGUGAUUGAUAUUUAUAUUGUAUUUAUGAUCCUAAAUAUUAAAAGACAAUCAAAUUAUCUUGUUAUAUGUCAAAGAGAAAACGCUGAAGUACACUGAUAUGAUGAAAUGUCCGUACUGUCUGAAUAAUAGUUAAUUCAUACUAACUUAAAGCAUUGCAUUUAAUGUGAUAGCAAAAACUGCCGAUAGUUUAAGGAUAGUGACCAUUGAAGUGUAUAAAGAUUUCCAAGCUAUAUCUAUACACACACACACACACACACACACGCAUACACACAUAUAUUAUAUAUAUAUUAAUAUUCAAUCAGUUGAACUGUUUACAUGACUUAUUACUUAAAUCCAUUUACAGAAUGUCACAGCACUAUUAACAUAAGGUCAAAGGGUUGAAUAAAGAAAUUGCAUUUAUUCAUGUGGGCAGUAUUCAAACAACAUGUCCUCUGUGUGAUGAAUUAAAAAAGGAUUGUAUUCGUAUUCAGAUUUUAUGUUGCAUUGUUUGUUUUUGUUAUUAUUUUAAUAUACAUGAAUGUGUUUUUA